AUGUCGCCGGGAAUGUCGCUGUAUAGCAUCAACGCUAUUGUUAUCCUAUCUAGUGACGAUGGGUCGCGGAUAUUCGCCAAGUACUACACGCCGCCGCAUCACGCCGCGCCGGGGCCCGCCGGAGCUGCGCCGACGGUGACCAGCUCGCAGAACCCAUACCCCGACAAGGCGUCGCAGGUGCGGUUCGAGAAGGGCCUGCUGGCCAAGACGGCCAAGCAGCAGGGCGACAUCCUCCUGUACGACAACCGCGUCGUGCUCUACAAGUGCGAGUCCGACGUGGCCCUGUACGUGGUCGGCAGCGUCGACGACAACGAGAUCAUGCUCUACAACGUCUUGCUGGCGCUGCGGGACAGCUUGCACCUCCUCUUCAAGCAAUCCGUCGACAAGCGAACAACAAUCGAAAACUACGACCUGGUCUCGCUCGCCAUCGACGAGAUUGUUGACGAGGGCAUCCCGCUAGAGACGGACCCGACCAUUGUGGUCCAACGGUGCAGCAAGGCGCCGUCGCAGGACGUCAACCUCAGCCGCAUCGACCCCUUUAGCGAGCAGGGCGUCAACAACCUCGCCCAGCUAGGCAGGGCGAAGCUGACCGACUGGCUGCGGCAAGGCUUGUAG